AUGAAAAGUAUCAAACAUUACCUGAGAUGCCUGUUUCGAAUCACUCAUCUCAAACCCAUGGCUUCAUAUCUAUAUCCCACAGCUACAUUUCAUCAAGACUCCAAACCCAUUAGAUUCCUUCCAUCAAGAUAUCCAAGACACUUUCCUCAUAGCCUCAUUUGGUCCUUCGCCAACAACCCUUGUAACAAAAAUUCCACCAAAUGCAAUGCAUUCUUAAACGACAUUUCUGACAAUCUUUUGGCCAACAACCCACUUCAUCUGGACCAGUUACUGUUCAAGUAUCCAGCUUUUCAACAUUUUUUGAGAGUGACCGAGGAGCUCCCUGAUGCUCAAAAAUGGGGUCUUUUUGUUUCUGCUGGAGUUACCUGGAUUUAUUUGACUGCUAGGCCUGGUGUUCUUCUAGGGGCCAUUGAUUCAUAUAUUUUGGCUCCUCUGCAAGUGGGCCAGGACACCUUGAGUGGGAGGAGGAGCUUGAAGAGGACUGAUUUCUUGGUUGGUAAUAUAAUAGGUGAGGGCUCGUUUGGUGUUGUUUAUUCUGGAGUGGUUGUUCCCAAGAACGUUACUUUGGACGAAAUUUAUCGAAAAAAGGGAACUAGAAGAGCUCUCCUGAUGGAGGAGAGAUUUAAAGAAAAAGUUAUUCUCAAGAAGGUUAAAAUAGGAGUUCAAGGGGCAGUUGAGUGUGGAGAGUUUGAGGAGUGGUUUAACUACAGGCUGUCGAGGGCAGCUCCCGAGACGUGUGCAGAAUUUCUAGGAAGUUUUGUUGCGGAUAAAACCAACACUCAAUUUACGAAGGGUGAGAAAUGGCUCGUCUGGAAAUAUGAGGGAGAUUUAGACCUGGACGAUUACAUAAAAGACCGAAAAUUUCCUUUAAAUUUAGAAUCUGUCAUGUUUGGACGUGUUCUGCGUGGGCUGGAGUCUUUGGAGCGUAAUGCGCUAAUUAUCAAACAGAUUAUGCGUCAGAUAAUUACUUCCCUCAAGAAAAUCCACGACACAGGAAUAGUUCACCGAGAUGUGAAGCCAUCCAAUUUGGUGGUCACCAAAAAGGGGAAAAUCAAACUAAUCGACUUUGGGGCAGCCACAGACCUCCGCAUAGGCAAAAACUACGUCCCGAAUCGUGGCUUGCUUGACCCUGAUUACUGUCCACCUGAACUUUAUGUAAUGCCUGAGGAAACUCCAAAUCCACCACCAGAGCCAAUUGCAGCCUUCCUUUCUCCAAUUUUAUGGCAGCUGAAUAGUCCUGAUCUAUUUGAUACGUAUUCUGCUGGAAUAGUACUCAUGCAAAUGGCGGUGCCAACCUUGAGGUCCACAUCGGGGCUGAAGAAUUUUAAUGUAGAACUGAAAGUGGUUGGUUAUGAUCUGAACAGAUGGAGAGAGAAAACACGAAUGAGACCCGAUCUCAGUAUUCUGGACCUUGAUUCGGGUAGAGGGUGGGAUUUGGCUACAAAACUUAUCUCGAAGAGAGGUUACUUAAGAAGGGGAAGGUUAUCGGCUGCAGCUGCUCUGAGGCAUCCUUAUUUUUUGUUAGGCGGCGAUCAAGCUGCUGCUGUUAUCUCGAAAUUCAGUUUAAUGAAGCAGUGAGUGUAAAUCUUCAUGCAAGUGUUUAUUUCAUUUCAAAUAUGAAUGAUGAGAUUUUUUGCUACUACCAUUGGUUCUCUUGGGUUUCA